CGACCGGUUCGCUCCAACAGUCCAACGCCGUUCGCGCCGCACCACCAGUAGCCGCGCCCAUUCCUUCCCGCCCCGUCGCGCGCCGCCACCUCCCCGCCGGCCAUGCUGACCGGGCGGGAGAGCCUGGUCCGCCUCAUCGGCCGGCGCCGCCGCUCCCCUCUCCCGGCCUCGCUCGCCGCCGUCCUAUCCCCGUCCUGUCCUCUCCCCUCCGCCUCCCCCGCUCAGGCCGACGACGGGGGCGGCCCGGGCGAGGCGGCGGGGGUAGAGGCUGGUUCGUCCUAUGGAGGAAGCGGCGGCGUCGGCGUGCGCGCGGAGUGGGUGUCCUGCCCCGUUUGCGGCGAGUCCAUCCGCGGGUCGGAUUACUGCGUCAACACCCACCUCGAUAUAUGCCUUACAAGAGGAACGAAAAGAAAAUUAACACAGAGCACCCUUCUUAAUUUCAGAUUCAGUAAAAAAGUUUCUGCUGAGCCUACUUCAAACAAUUUGACCAACGAGGUUGAAACAGAAAGUGUGAAACAGAUUGAUGAAGAUUUGUCAAGAAACCAAGAAUUCAUCUCGUUGGAUAGUGACACUGAGAGUUCAAAGGCUGGUGCCACUAUUUCAUCAUCUGGUUGUCUGAAUGGCUCAUUUCGCACUUCUAAGACGAUUAGUACCUAUGCACCUUCAAAUACUAUCUUGCCAGAUGUGAAGGAUGAACACUGCUCUUCUAGCAUGCUUCCAACAGUAGCAACCUCUUGCAGUGAUGAUGCAUGCGCAGACUUGGAUUCUAGCACCACUAUAACCGUUGACACUGUCAUAGUAGGCCGGAGGUUCCAUGAGAACAUUGAAUUGAGAGAGGAUGCAGGCAUUACUUUUCUGAGAGAUCCUCAGAAUGCUAAGGACUCUGAUGCUAUAAAGGUGCUUUAUGCAGCGUCUGAAUGCGAGAUGCUUGGAUACUUGCCUCGGGAGCUUGCUAAAGUUUUGGCUCCUCUAAUGGACAUGCACUAUGUUGAAUGCGAGGGAUGUGUGGUUGGUUUGCCUGAACAACAGCUUGGCAAUGUUCCUAUCCAGAUCACUAUCCAGAAAUGUAAAAUUGACAAUCAGAUAAAUGAUGAUCCGGAGUAUUGGCAGUCCUUAUGGGAAAAGUUCAUCAGCACCGUUAAAAGUGGAAAUUUUCAGCGACCUAGCAGUGCAAGAUAUCAGAGAAAUUUUAAUUUGAUGAUAGCAGAUGUGAUGGCCAACCAUGCACAUGUUUUUAGUGAUAUAGAAAGAUCAUUUUUAGCUUCUUUCAAGUCGUUAUCAGAUGAUGGGCAACGGCUUUUUGUUAGGAUCUACACUCGAAAAGGGCCAUGGUUCCGAAAGAGUACCAUCUCGUAUCGUGAGAUAUCAGAUUUGGAGCAUGCAGUCAUGGAACUGAAGUUGGCAGGUUAUAUCAACAUGCUUUCUUGCACUGUUGAUCCAUCUGAGUAUGAUAUGAAGGAGAUUCUUGAUGUGUUAAGUGUUCCUGAAAUUAAAGAAAUUCUAAAGGAGCUUCCUAAGGAAAACACAAGCUGCAUACGUCGACACGAGCUUGCUUGCACCCUUCUGUCUUUAUAUCAUAAUGGUACCUGUGCAUCACUACCAAAGCGAAUCCUAAAAUGGACAGGAACCUGCAUAAGAAUUUCUAAGAUGGCAGAUGAACUUUUGUGGCGUAUUCAGAGGCUCUUUUUUCUAAACGGUGAUCAAGAUCUUUCUUCCUUUCUAUUAGUGGAAUUUGGUGUGGUGAAGUUCCCAGACUAUGCUUGCAGCAUCUCUCACCACAUUUUUCAAGAAAGAAGUGAUCUGCUUGAGUAUGAAGAGGCUAUCCGAGUUGCACAACUGAUGGAUGAAUCCCUUGAUAAUAAUAACAUGGACUUGGUGACAAGAUGCAUUGACUUGUCUGAGAAUCGACUAUGCACUAUGCCAAAACAAGAAAAUGCAACUUCACCUGAACAUUCCCCAUCGUUCUUUUCACACUUUUCAGCUUCCUGGGUCUAUUCGAAAAUACUCACAUUAGGUGUCUCUGUUUAUGAACGAGACCGCAGGUAUGAAGAUGCAAUCAGGAUUCUAAAGAUACUGCUUAGUAAAGUUGCUUGUGAUAGAAGGCGAGGGUAUUGGACACUGAGGUUAUCUGUUGAUUUGGAUCAUAUGGGUCGUCCAAAUGAGAGCCUUUCCGUAGCUGAAGGGGGAGCAAUUGAUCCAUGGGUCCGUGCUGGUUCAAAGUUCGCAUUGCAAAGGAGGGUGCUGCGUUUAAGCAAACCUCCACGACGCUGGAAAGUUCCCAGUUAUGCUGAUUAUGUUAAAAGGAAUAUAAAAGAGAUGAACAUUGAAGGAAGGCCAUUAAAUUGUGAGACAGGAGCAAAGAAUUUAUUUUAUGGUUAUGAUGGGGAACUUUGUGGGGUAGAGCAGUUGGCUUUACAAUAUUAUGCUGACGAAGGCGGUGGUUGGCGAGGUACCCAUUCGGAAGGUGGCAUUUGGAUGACUAUCUUUGGCCUUCUGAUGUGGGAUGUAAUGUUUUCAGACAUACAAGAUGUUUUUCAGUCUAAAUUCCAGACGGCUCCUCUUGAUCUGGAAACAGAUUAUUUCUACAAAUCAAGAAAGGACCUUGCAGAAUCCCAGCUGAAGAAGAUACAAGAAGGGAUGGCUGAAGAGAUGCUAAUCAGCUCCUGGGAGCUACAUCAGGGGACAUCCUGCCGGGGCGUUAAUUGGGACCGUCAUUCCUUAACUGAUCUACGGGCUGUCGUUGCGUGCAUUGGCGGCCAUCGCUUGGCAUUGCUCCUGCGUCAUCUAGCUGUUGAUUACAGAAGCUGGUCUAGUGGAAUGCCUGAUCUACUGCUAUGGCGUUUCCUUGAUGAAAGAGGCGGAGGUGAAGCUAAACUUGUGGAGGUCAAAGGACCAAGGGACCAGCUGUCGGAGCAACAGCGUGCAUGGAUUCUUGUUCUCAUGGAUUUUGGAUUUGAUGUGGAAGUGUGCAAAGUAAGCCCAGUUACCAAGCGGAGAUAGUUCCCUUCAUAAGUUGCACCUAGCGUAACAAUUUCAUUUUAUUGAUUGAUGAUUUAUGCAUAAAUAUUUGUUUUUUUAAACAUAAGUAUUUGAUUAAUUUGAAGAGCAAAUCUGUAACAUGUAAACAGCGACAUUGUUGUGAUGUUGUACAUAAGUAAAACAUUAUCGCCACCUAUUUGGGCAGGGACGUUCUAACAAAGCUCUACUACUUUUGGAAA